CAACGCCAGCGCCUAAAAAAGGGAAGGUUAGGGGGGGGGGAUCUGCAUAUAAAAAAACUCUCCUCCCCGUAUGUAAUCGAUCAGCCAGCUAGUUAGCUCUUUUUUUGCUUUGCCUUACUUUACUUGCAUAUUUGCCAUCUUUUUUUACGCAUUUUCCCAUUGCCUGCGUAUCCUUAUCCACCCCUUUUUUGCAUUUUUUUCUGCGUAUAUUUUUCUCUGUCAAUCGCAUACCAUGUCUGAUUCCAACGAUAUUUACACUCUCGGCUGGAUCUCGGCCAUCCCUUCCGAAUUCGUUGCUGCUAGAUUCUUUCUCGACACACAACCCUGCCGCCCUAAAAUCCUCGACCCGCACGACACCAAUUCUUACAGCCUUGGCAAGAUCGGACAUCACAAUGUCGUUAUGGCCUGCUUGCCUGACGGAGAAUACGGAAUUACGGCGGCGGCUGUCGUAGCCACAAAUAUGCUGCGCAGUUUCCCUAACAUCCGCUUCAGUUUGAUGGUUGGUAUUGGAGGCGGCGCGCCGAGCUCAAGGAACAAUAUGCGACUUGGCGAUAUCGUGGUCAGCAGUCCCGUCGAUGGCGAAGGUGGCGUAUUCCAGUACGACUUUGGGAAGUCGAUUCAAAAUCGUGCUUUUACCCAUACAAGGCACCUAAACCAGCCGCCAACAGCUCUGCGAACGGCAGUAAGCGUCCUGAGAACCCAACACAAAACCGAUGGCCAUCGGUACGAAGCCCAAAUCGCCGAGCUAUUAAAAGGGAAAAGGCGAUCUAUCCUUGCAGAAUUCUCUCGUCCACCUCCCACGAGCGACAGGCUGUAUAUGCCCACGUUUGUGCAUUUGGACGAUGAUAAAAGUUGCCAAGCUUUAUGCGGCGAUCGUCCGGAAUAUUUGGUCCCCCGGCCAGAACGAGAGGAGCCGGAGGAUGGGGAAGAUUUCGCCGUCGUCCACUACGGAUUAAUCGCCAGCGCUAACCAGCUGAUGAAGGACGCUACAAUUCGUGAUCAGCUGGCAUCGAUGAAGCGCGUCCUUUGCUUCGAAAUGGAAGCGGCCGGCCUGAUGAACAACUUCCCUUGCCUCGUUAUCCGGGGCAUUUGCGACUAUUCGGACUCUCACAAGAACAAGGAGUGGCAAGGCUUUGCCGCUAUGAUGGCGGCAGCGUAUGCGAAAGACCUUUUGUGCCAGAUCGUGCCCAGCCAGGUCGAGGAGGAAAAGCAAGCAGAUAAAUACGUGCAGACUGCAAACAGCGCACCCGAUUCCCUCAGAUCCAACGCCCGCAUCGCCACCACCACCACACCACCGACCCAGGCGGCCACCAUUACGGGUACCCCCAGCGUCGCCUGCACGCAGGGUCUCGAAUCCGCCCUCUACAACAUCGCCCCGGCCACCCCUGAGUACAACAACCUGUGGAGUGCCAAAGGCGCGCUUCCAAUUCGACCCCUGCCCGGGGAUCGCGUAACGCACAACUAUUACAACCAACCAGGGCCCGGCCCGAAUCUCCAAGGGAGUCAGGCGCGUCCGUCUAGCCACAAACAAACCGCAAAGAGCGUCUUCGAAGAGCAUCUCAACAUUUACGAGACAACGAAAAUGACGUACGGCUUCGACCAUCCGGAUACGCUGCGGGCCGCACACAAGGUGGCGAGCAUGCUCAAGAACCAGGAGAAGCUCGCGGCCGCGCUCGAGUGGUACGACAGGAUCUACAAGAGUUGGAAAAAGACGCUCGUUCCCGAUCACCCGCAGACUCUGCAGGCUGCGCGCGAUGUGGCCGACGUGUUGAAGGAGAUGGGCAAGGACGCGGCCGCGCUCGAUUGGUACGACAGGAUCUAUCAGGGCAGGAAAGCCACCCUGGGCCCAGACGAUCCGGAGACCUUGCAAGCUGCGCACGGAGUUUCUAGGAUGUUAGUGAAGCAGGGCAAACGAAAGCUGGCUAUUGAGUGGUACGAGGCCAUACUGAAGGCCGGAGAGAAGCUCGUUCCCGGACAUCCAGCGAUCGUGGAGGCCGAGGCGGCUUUGGCAGGCAUACGAGUAAAGAGCCGAUUUACACGAGGGCUGUGAAGUAAGAGCAGGUACAACAUGAGAAACUUUAGAACGCAUGAUUAGGCAUUCGGCAUUCUGUAGCAACGAAGAGGGAGUGCAGUAGGACCAUUGAUAGGUUGACCUGUCUCUAGAGAACGAAAGAAAGUAGUUUGGGGGUAGGAGGGCCUCCGGCCCUUUACAUAAAGCUUCUCAG